AUGAGACCUAUCCUUCUCGCUGGGCACGAGCGUGCGCUUACCCAGAUUCGCUACAAUCUUGACGGCGACCUCAUCUUCUCCGUCUCCAAAGAUCAGCAGAUUUGCGCCUGGUUCUCGCAUAAUGGUGAACGACUGGGAACGUACCACGGCCACGUCGGUGCUAUUUGGACUGUCGAUGUUGAGCCCACCUCCACCAUGAUCGCCUCGGGCUCCGCCGAUAAUACCAUUCGUCUUUGGGAAGUCAAGACCGGCCGAUGCCUCAAAAGUUGGGAGUUCCCCACCGCUGUCAAGCGUGUUGAAUUCAACGAGGAUGGUACCAAGCUUCUCGGAGUGACGGAAAAGCGCAUGGGCUACCUGAGCAACAUUGUCGUCAUCGACAUCAACCCCGACGUCGAUGCUGAGCAGAGCGACGAAAAGGCCUUGACCAUUGUGUGCGACGAGUCCAAGGCCACCGUUGCUGGAUGGAGCAACAUGGGUAAGUACAUCAUUGCCGGCCAUGAGGAUGGUAGCGUAAGCCAAUUCGACGGCAAGACUGGUGAACUGCUGGACAAUAUCCCCAUCCAUGAGCUCAACCAACCCAUUGUCGACCUCCAGUGGUCUACUGAUCGCACCUAUUUCAUCACCGCCUGCAAGGACAAGACCGCCAAGCUUGUUGCGGCGCGCGACUUGACCGUCCUCAAGACCUAUCCCACAGAUACCCCCCUCAACAGCGCCACCAUGACCCCCAAGAAGGACUUUGUCAUCCUCGGCGGUGGUCAGGCCGCCAUGGACGUCACCCGAACAUCUGCCCGCCAGGGCAAGUUCGAAGCCCGUUUCUACCACAAGAUUUUCGAGGACGAGGUCGGCCGAGUCCGCGGCCACUUUGGCCCUCUCAACACCGUCGCCGCCGACCCUACUGGAAAAGGCUACGCGAGCGGCGGAGAAGACGGCUACGUCCGCGUCCACCACUUUGACAAGGGUUACUACGAUUUCCUCUACGAGGUUGAGCGAGAACGAAUCAACCGAAUGCAGUGA